AUGACUGCUGCAACUCAGGAAUCUCUGUCAGGUCAUCUUAACAGCUCACCCUACAGAGAGAGCAGCAGCUGGAAGUGGCAGCUAUUAACCCCAGACACCAGCUGGACUGCAUGUAUGAAGAGCGCCAUCCAGAAGGCAGCAUAUGAGGACUGUGAGCUGCUACCAAUGUGA